GCACACCCUUUCACGGGCCCAUCGAGUUCUUGUACUAGAACAGGACUUCUGCCUUGUGUUUUAUCAAGUUCUGCGACAUAUCCCUUAUUGGUCACUCCGGGCCCCUGCCCCAGAUUCCCCCUCAAUUUUUGUUCUAUUCAUGUUGCUCGGAGAGAUGGAAAAGGCUCCCUCUUUCAACCGUGAGGACAUCUCAGUCUUAGGCAUUUACCACCAUGUUGCCCCUAUUUUACCGCUGCCAGGCAGCCGAAGAACUACUUUGUUGGAUAUGACCGUGGAACCCAGUCUAGGCCUACCUACCUCGGGCGUGAUCUUCCGUACCCCUUGAUCGGCGACUAUAAAGCUGAGGGACGUGACUGCUUCACAGUUGCUAUGCCGCCCUGGCCUUUAAAGCAUCGCUAAGCCCUCACCAAAUACCCAAGUACUCAACCGCCUUGACGGAACUGGCUACGAUGAAGUCUACUCUCCUGUUUCUGCUUGCCCCCUUGACUGCUCUUGGCGCCCCGGCAGAGCUCGCCGGGAGACAGGCAGCGGAAAGCAUAGACACGCUCAUCAAGGCUAAGGGAAAGCUGUAUUACGGAACAUGCACUGACCAGAACCGUCUGUCCACUGGCAGGUCUGCCGAUAUCAUCAAGGCGAACUUCGGCCAGGUGACUCCUGAGAACAGCAUGAAAUGGGAUGCUACCGAGCCCUCCGAGGGCCGGUUCAACUUCGCCCAGGCUGACUACCUCGUCGACUGGGCCGUGGCGAACAACAAGACCAUCCGCGGCCACACUCUCUGCUGGCACUCGCAACUCCCGGGCUGGGUAUCGCAGGUCAGAGACAAGCAAAAGCUGACCCAGGUCCUUCAGAACCACGUCACUACCCUUGUUUCGCGGUACAAGGGCAAGAUCUACGCCUGGGAUGUCGUGAACGAAAUUUUUAACGAGGACGGCUCUCUCCGACAGUCCGUCUUUUCUCAGGUUCUCGGCGAGGAUUUUGUCCGCAUCGCCUUCGAAGCUGCCCGCGCGGCCGACCCCGACACCAAGUUGUACAUCAACGACUACAACCUGGACCAGCCAAACGCUGGCAAGGUCACUAGGGGCAUGGUUGACCACGUCAAGAAAUGGCUCGCCGCCGGCGUCCCCAUCGACGGCAUCGGAAGCCAGGCCCACCUAACGGGUGGUCUCGCUAACCAAGCUGAGGCCACUAUCAAGGCUCUGGCCGCCGCUGGCGUCGAUGAGGUUGCUUUCACCGAAGUCGACAUCCAGGGGGCUCCCGCCAACGACUAUGCCACCCUCACCAAGGCCUGCCUCAACGAGCCCAAAUGCGUCGGCAUCACCGUCUGGGGCGUCCGCGACCCUGACUCGUGGAGGGCUAGUACCAACCCUCUGCUAUUUGACAGCGGCUUCAACCCCAAGCCCGCGUACACCGCUAUCGUCAACGCGCUCAAAUAAACGGUUCGGAGAACAAAUAAGCCAAUGAAUAGCGUACCGAUGGUAGUCUAUGAUCGGUCAUGAACAUAUGGGGAUUCGGGAGGAGAGGCUUGAGAUCUCAAGGCCUACCUAGCUGUAUAUACUGUCAGACUAUAUAUACUUAUAUAUAUGUGUGUAUCAUACAUGGGCAACACAUAAUAAUAGUGGCACCACCAACCCGAAACAAAAUCAAAUUGUGGGAGAAUGCGAGGGGGUAAGAAGCCACGGCAGUUCAAGCUGAACUGGAGGCUCCAUAGCAUUUAGCUGCUAGCAAAGGUAGGAAAUCAGAGCUGUAGGUAUGUAUGUAGAUAUAUCGAAACGCGGAAAACAAACCCUACCCUCCCCUCCCUCUCCUUCGUCCGUCGUACUCUGAACUAGAUAGGUAUAGAACAGAGACGAAAGGGAGCUAAAAGGAAAGGAGAGAGUUUAUUCAGUGUCGAAUUAAACCACCUCUCACCGCCGCGACCCAGCCUCAAAUUAAUCCUGUGUCUCUCGCCCUACCCACCCUACCCACUCCCCUCAUCCCCAUU